AAGGAAUCACAAAUCCUGGACUUGAGUAUGCUUCUUGUUAAAAACGAACGUCCGAUCUCCGAAACAUGCUUUUCGAGCUAUUUUGGAUUUUUCUCUUCUGCGAUAAAACAGCAAACUCUUCCAGUUUUUCUCCCAAAGUACCGAAACUUGGUACGUGUCAUCAACUCCUCGGACUGGGCGUUCUUGCCAAAAUGGGGAUCAGCGAGAUCACGAGAUUUCAAAAAUGGCUAUUUUUGCUCGUAACUUUUGAAAUGUUUGUCCGAAAAUUAUGAUCUCUGUGUCUACGGAUUCCUCAGGUCGUGUCGGUUGAUUAAAAAAUGAUUACGAUUUUGUCACGAUUGGAUGUUCAGCCUGUCCGCCAUUUUGUAAUUUGUCAUAAAUCAUAAUAUCUUUUGAAAUGUUUGCUAUAUUGGCACCGAAUUUGGUACGCUUCACCGAAUUACUGUUUUGAAUGUACCCUUGAAGUUUCAAUUCAGCGCCCCCUAGCGUUCAUGAGAUAGGACGCUUUUUAUAUAAUUGCUUAUGUCUUUGUAACGCUUUGUCUAAAAUUUGUUUUCUGACAUUAUUUCUCCUGGUUCGUGCCAAUUCCAUUGAUGCCUCGUUUGUCAUUUUCUAACAUUCGGUUCCUAACUUAUUGAAAAGCAUAUGAGAAAUGUUUUUUUUCUCUGUUCAUUUGACAAAAGUGGUGUAUUUUUUUCAAAGCUCCGCUCGUAUGAUGUUUGCAGCAAGCCACACAGAAAUGGCCGAAUUAUUUUUUUAUUGAACAUUUUUCAAGAAAUACCUCUUCAAAGUUAACUCUGCCUGUGACAUUGUCUCUUUCUCGUAUUGAACUAUUCUGACCGUAUGUAACGUGAUGUGCAUUAGUAUGCAAAAUGAUAUUCUUGCGUUCAUUGUCACUUCUGAUAUCUGUUUCUCUUGUACAGUGUAUUUCUAUUAUUUUUGCCCUAAGCUCUCGUUUCAGCCCCUUAGGGGAUUGGCCCAUGUCAAUGUUUGAACCUCUGAAAGCUCUCCUCGCCAUGUCAACCGAGUGGAACACCUGAUAAACUGCAAGCCUCUGGUCCAAGAGGUUGUGGGUUUGAACUUUGUGUUGUGCAUUUCUGUUGCAUUGGCAUGACAAAAUGUACAUUUGUAUUGCCAAAGCAUUUGCAGCUGGGCUGCAUACAAAUAGUGCAAGUAUGUAAACAAACGAAAAGAAAGGUCAUUUUACUAAAUUAAAAUAAAAUAACGUUUGAUGUAUGUAGUGCAACUUAAAGUGGUGUAUAAUAUUUGUAAAUAUAUAAAAACAGAAACCAGGUACGUACAAAAUUACAUUCUUUCUUUCAUUGUCACUUCUGACGUCUGUUCCUCCUGCACACUGUAUUUCUGUUACUUUGGGUUCGCAUCCUGAGAGGCUCGUAUGUUGCUUGUAUACAUGAAGUGCACGUUGUGAUUACAUUCUCUGCAGAUCUUUAAACAUAUCCAUUUUUCACGUACAUAUUGUUCUUGUGGCUGUGCGCUGUCAUAGCUGCAACUUUGGUUAUUGUUACAUAUCGCUGCUUACACCUCUAUCAGCUUUGCUCAGCUGUGCUUUUGUGGGUUGUCGGCUCAGUGGCCAGACACGCUAAGUCACUAACGUUGAGUGUUUGGGGCCAGCGGUUUGAAUCCGGCUGUGGGUGUGUUCUGUGCUUGUGUGUAAAUUGUGCGCUUUGAGUAUGUUUUCACAUAUUCUUCUCGACAUGUCCGUUUUUCACGCAUGUUCUCUUUCUGCCUUUUUUGCUCUCGUUGCUCUGUGCUGUUGACAGAUACUGGAGACAGUUUAACUCGAAUUAUAUGGCGGAAAAAGACACGUGAAGAUCCUGAGGAGAAGUCCUUUUUUGUUAUUUUUCCAGAUGGAAGAACUGACCACCUAAAUGGAUUAAAGGACAGAAUACAAUUUAUUGGGGAUAUUUCAGAAAAAAUUGGAUCCGUUCAGAUUCAGGAGAUGAGGCUCCUGGAUGAAGGAAUCUAUACCUGCAUCUUCAAUUUAUUUCCUAGUGGACCAUUUGAGACAAACGUAAAUGUCACCGUUCUUGUUCCUCCUGAGGUCAGCGUGUUGGAGGUGACUACAGUUGUCGGUGAUUUAGAUGUUGUUUUGGCAUCAUGCAUCGCCUUCAGUGCACGACCUGCAGCAGAAGUAAUAUGGAGAUUAGGACCUCCGCAAACCUUUUUGAGGACUCAAACCAACCACACAGUGCAUCCAAAUGGAACUUUUACUGUUGUGGCCAACCUACUUGGUGCCCCACUUAAAAGUUUAAACCAGCAGAAGGUUCAGUGUGUGGUGACGCAUGAGGCCCUGGAAAAGGAACUUGUGCUGGACUACCAAAUAAACAUUCAUUAUCCUCCAGAAUCAGUGAUGAUCAUUCCUGACAGUACACGAAGUGCUAAAGAAUUUAGGUGUGUUGUUGAUAGUAACCCAAGCCCAACAAACUACACAUGGACUAGGAAAAAUGAAAAUACUUCUCAGACUAUUCAGUCUGACGGAAACCAACUUCCUGUUCCAAAACUCUCCCCUGACUUUAAUGGGUUGUACAUCUGUAAAGCUUCAAACCAGUAUGGAAGCGCUUUGGGUUCUCUGUAUUUGCAUGUUCACACUGAAUCCAGCAGUGUCUGUUGGGGUCUGUUUGGGUUUAUCAUCUGCUGUGCUGUUCCUUGCAUUGUGGUUUGUGCAUUGAGGUUGUGGAAAGAAAAGCAUAGUUCCCAAAGUGGACAGCAGAAACUGAGGAACUUUGAAGAAAACAGGAGACGCCUUCCGAUUCUGAGUAACCAGGUGACUGUAUGUCUGUUAAUUAAGGGUCCAAAUAAAGAUUUGGUUGGUGGAUUCUGCAAAUCAAGGAAGGGUCUCCUGAGAAAGAGACACUACGUCAUGGUGUUGGCACUAUGGAGACCCCUCCUGCUGAACAGGAGGUAAAUCUUAAGAGCCAGGACUGGAUACAAUGCAGCCUCUCUUGCUCCAACAAAUCAUGCGGCAGAGGGAGGAAGUUAUGUGGAAAUUAUAACCGGCUGACCGUUCGCAAUGGGUAGCUUUAAGCCGCAAGUAUAGUUCGGCCGUCCGCUUCCCCGCGCCACCCUUAUGACGUUAUUCCCAUGACGCAUACAACAGCGCAUGCACGGGAAAUGUGCACUAGUCCACUAGGGGUCAAUACAUACGCAGAAAGUGUGCCGUGUACCGUUGUUGAAGAAGAAUGAAACAAAACCAACACGCUGAAACCAAGAACAGUAAGCUAAGAACCAUAUCCUUCUCCAUACUGUUUGGUUGUUGUUGUUCUUGUUGUCGUACUGUUUGCUCGGAUUGUUCGCAAUGGCGAAUGACUUCCUCUGCAAACAUGGAGACCCUAAGGGGUGCCUUCCCAUAGGAUCGCCAUCAACAUGUAUGUGGCUAACAUAUACAUUAAAAGGUGGUGGCUGACUCUGCUGAGAGGUGCUCUUGAAGGAACAUCAGCACUGUACCAACAGGGCAGUGGACCGUUCAAGUGACGUUGUUCACCCUACAUGUAGGCCUCAGCUGUAUGGCAUCAUGCAAAAAUUGAGACCCUAAGGGGUGCCUUCCCAGAGGAUGUCCAUUAACAUGUAUGUGGCUAAUAUAUACAGUAAAAGGUGGGGGCUAACUAUGCUGAGAGGUGCUCUUGAAGGAACAUCAGCACUGUACCAACAGGGCAGUGGACUGUUCAAGUGACGUUGGUCACACUGCAACACAAAGAACUGCCAUUUUAGGGCAUACCGUUUUUUUUGUGGAGGGAGCUCUGGAGGCAAAACUACAGUACCUCAAUUGAGAGAUUGGAAUCUAUGUACUAUAUCUAAAGUUUCCAAAUCUCCAGCCGGAAUUAAAAGAUCAAUGUAGCAAGGUUCAAAUGAAGAUGAAGGAAAGGAGGCGGGAACCGGCGAACAUUCAAAAACUUUAAUCAAAAUAAACAAACAAUAACACGGAAGUAAAAGGGCCGACAGCCACCUCAUGGUAGACUGCCAGCCACACAAACAUAGAUAAAACUUAACAUGUCCGGGCCCGGUCCUCUCUCAUCUGUAGUCCUGUCGCUCGUCCUCUUAUGCUACUGAUCUCCUCCGUGAGACAUGCGGGACCGGUGUGCGCACAGCUGAUUCCCACUAUCACCCACUAUCAAGCCUCGUUGCUUCACGGCUCUCAUCCCGCCUUCCUCGUUACAAUCAACUCCUACACACAAGACAAAGACUUUCACAUCAUUACUAUGGUUUCCAGACAUAUGGAGCUGGAGGAGUGAGGGUAAUCCAGAGAGGACAGUGGGUUGACCAAAAUGAAGAACUCAAUAACUGUAUGCUUUGCCCGAAAUCAAACCUGAAAAACUUCCUAUUCUGGCAAGAAUGUCUGUGAUUAAAUCUAGAUUAAGCCAGGACUAGGCCCUAGUUAAAGCCCCACUAAUUCAGAAAAUGCACUUUUAAAUGUUGUGUUAACAUAUCUGUGUGUCAGGAGUGUGUGUACAGAACCACCCUGGAAUGAUAACAAUCCACCCAUUAAUUUUAUUAAAAUCCCCAGUAAACCUCUACUGUCCUCUUGUACGAGCUGUUGGCAUUCUCUAAGUAACUUGACGUUAACAUUGAUUGAGUGUUUUCAUGCCGGACUACUUACAGUGAACUACAAGAAUGUUUUGUUGUUGGAUGCGAGACUGAACAUAAGUCUUCAUUUACUCCUGACAUCUGAGCCUCUGAAGAUGCUGUGGAUUAGUUUUAUUUCUCAACAGAAUGUGUCGAAGACAUCAGGUGAAGUCACUUUACAAGAGGAUGCUUCACAAACGAAUGUUAGUAAAAUGCUGGAUUCAUAAUGGGUCAUGUUUUUAAACAUGAGAUGCGUUUCUCCUGUGUAUUGUCACGUAUAAAAACAAUGUUCACGUUAUAAAGACAUAACGCGAAGUGCAUUCACUCAAAGAUAGCAUGUUUUCAGUUACUAAACUAAACACCCUAUCGGAGGGGGGGGGUUAACCAUCGCUCCCAAAUGGUUAUCUCACUGUAUGUGGAGAACGAAGCCCUCUCCCACGUUGAGAGACAGCAGAUGGCCUGGAUAACACCAGAGGACCUUCCAAUAUACAAACACGCCUUGGAAGGGUAUCCUCUAAAGCAGCCACAUUAAACUGUCCAACUGUAUAUAUGUACAGUAUAUCUAUAUAUACAUAUAUACAGUCAUGGCCAAAAUUGUUGGCACCCCUGAAAUUUUUCCAGAAAA